CUAUAUUCGGAAUCCCGAGGCUGAAUGGAGAGUCCGCAUUCCUAGCAGUACGCGCUCCGUGAGAAGAGUUUCGUCUGCGAGAACGGCGGCGAAUCCGGAGAUGCUAGUUGGAUUAAUUAAAAUUAAACGGAUUAGCGACGCGGGAAUUGUUGAAUUGUCGAACAUCUGACAACAAAGGGCGACAAUACAACAAACCACAGAGCUCCAGACUGAGCGGAGCCAGCAGCAACUUGUGCGAGAGAGACGUCCCACAGCCUCAGCACGACCACCGAGCGCGGCGGAUCUGAUCAGUGACGCUAACCUGAGCGGGACGGCGGCCUCCAGAGGAGCUGGCAGUCUUUGAGCCAUGUCCUCUUCCCUUUAAAGCGCGUGUCAGACAUUCGCCGGUGAGACCCGCUGCUGCGUUCUGAUCUCAGCUCGGACCAUUCGCUCCCCCCUCCUCUUCCUCCUCUUCCUCCUCUUCCCAUCGUCGCUGGUGACCCUUCUCCGGACAGCUUGCUGGAGGGCCCUUCCUGACCAGGAGCAGCUGCGUCCUGCUUGCUGACUCCCGGUCCUCCCUUGCUUCCUGUCCUUGGUCAGACAAGGCUGAAGCCUCCCCUCCGUUCACCCCACCCAUCAUCUCUGCCUGCCUCCCGCUCUCUGCCACACUUGGACUCACACCCUCCAGCCGCCUGAUCUGCCGAUCCCACACCCAGACUCUUUUUAGAGCGUUUUUUGCUCUCCGGUGGUCGUCAGCGAACUCCUCGGACAAAGCCGGGCUCACCAAGAACCUCCAGAGGGCCUCUGCUGCUGCCAGCUGGCAGGAUGACCUCCAUGUCCAGUCUGUUUUCUUUCACCAGCCCCGCCGUCAAGCGGCUGCUGGGCUGGAAGCAAGGGGACGAGGAGGAGAAAUGGGCCGAAAAGGCGGUGGAUGCGCUGGUGAAGAAGCUGAAGAAGAAGAAGGGCGCCAUGGAGGACCUGGAGAAAGCCCUGAGCUGCCCCGGCCAGCCCAGCAAAUGUGUCACCAUUCCACGGUCGCUGGACGGUCGGCUGCAGGUGUCGCACAGGAAGGGCCUCCCUCACGUCAUCUACUGCAGGGUGUGGCGGUGGCCCGACCUGCAGUCCCACCACGAGCUCAAGCCCCUGGAGGUGUGCGAGUACCCGUUUGGCUCCAAACAGAAGGAGGUCUGCAUCAACCCGUACCACUACAAGCGAGUGGAGAGCCCCGUGCUCCCACCUGUCCUGGUACCGAGGCACAGCGAAUUCAACCCGCAGCACAGCUUGCUGGUGCAGUUCCGCAACCUCACCCACAACGAGCCGCACAUGCCCCUGAACGCCACCUUCCCAGACUCCUUCCCGCUACCGCACAGCGGCGGCGGCGGCAACAGCAACGGAGGAGGAGGCGGCGGCGGCUCUUUUCCCAUCUCUCCCAAUUCUCCUUAUCCUCCUUCUCCAGCCAGCAGCGGGACCUAUCCAAACUCUCCUGCCAGCUCGGGGCCCUCCAGUCCAUUCCAGCUCCCAGCUGACACCCCGCCCCCGGCCUACAUGCCCCCCGAGGAGCAGCUGGGCCAGGACAGCCAGUCCAUGGAAACGAGCAGCAGCAUACCCAGAGAUGUGCAGCCAGUGGAGUAUGAGGAGCCGAGCCACUGGUGCUCUAUCGUCUACUAUGAACUUAACAAUCGCGUCGGCGAGGCCUACCAAGCCUCGUCCACCAGCGUGCUUGUGGACGGCUUCACCGAUCCGUCCAACAACAAGAACCGCUUCUGCCUCGGACUGCUGUCCAACGUCAACCGCAAUUCCACGAUCGAGAACACCCGCAGGCACAUCGGCAAAGGAGUGCACCUGUACUACGUCGGGGGAGAGGUGUACGCGGAGUGCCUGAGCGACACCAGCAUCUUUGUCCAGAGUCGUAACUGUAACUACCACCACGGCUUCCAUCCCACCACCGUGUGCAAGAUCCCCAGUGGCUGCAGCCUGAAGAUUUUUAACAACCAAGAAUUUGCUCAGCUUCUGGCCCAGUCGGUGAAUCACGGCUUCGAGGCCGUGUAUGAGCUGACAAAGAUGUGUACUAUUAGGAUGAGCUUUGUCAAGGGCUGGGGAGCAGAGUAUCACCGACAGGAUGUCACCAGCACCCCCUGCUGGAUCGAAGUGCACUUGCACGGGCCCCUCCAGUGGCUGGACAAAGUGCUGACACAGAUGGGUUCUCCUCUCAAUCCCAUCUCCUCUGUGUCCUAAUAAGACUUCUGGGAGAUUAGAAGACUUUUUGCCUUUUUGUUAUCGUUUAUCUUUUUUUUUUUUUUACAUUUUUUAUGCCCCUGCCCCCACAUUGAUUUGUAAUUUAAAGCUGUCUUAAUGGCUGAACUGUUUACACUUAUCUUGGGAAGGGAUAUAAAACUCUGGCAGGAAAUGUAUCAACAGUGUCAGCCAGAAUCCAAUUCAUUUAUAUAUAUAAAUAUAUUAAAAAAAACAACUAAUGUUGGAAAUGCAGGAAGAUACCUGGAGAAAGAGCGGGAAGAGGAAGGCCAAGUUACAUUAACGACACGGACACACUACUGCUCGACAAUGCUGCAAUACGGAUUAAUUUAGGCCUGACGCUGUCAAAGGUUAAUUACACAAUGGCUACAUUGUUUUUGUUUUUGAAAAAUUAUUUUAUUUCUUUAAUUGUAGUUUAUAAUUAAGCAGAACUGUUCCACUACUCUGCUUUGUUUGCCUGAGAACUAGAGAUUUCCGCAACACUUUUCUUACGUUGUCGUCUGUCAGUUUAUUUCAGAUACAGACAUGUUUACCGUUAGGCUCUGAUAUAACAAAUGCUUUUUUUUUUUAUAGUCUCUACUGCUAGAAAUGAACACUGAGCUACUGCUUUUAAGAAAGUUCUGUAUGCCAAUGUGAUAGUUUUUUAUUUUUAUUAUUUUUGUUUUCUUUUGAUAUGGGAGAUCACUGAACAAGUUUAACAUGCCAUAAGCUAACCACAUUGUUAAUGUUACAUCUGUUGCCAUAGAUAGGUGUUGUGAAACCACAGAUUGAGCACCACCAUUAUUGAGGCUUGUUUGUACGCUCAAGUUUAAGUAAGAGUGGCUGUAAUUUCCAGACUCACUGUAUUAACAAUAUUGUGCACUCGUACAUUUUGUGGAGGCAUAUUAAAUUUUGGCUUGGGUACCAAGGCAUUAUGUUAAUUCACUUCAUUAGCUCAAUGAAAUAAAAAAAAAAAACGGUAUUUGUUUUUAGCUGAUCUGUUUCUGUACUCCACUCAAGUUGAAUUUUCUAAUGUAUGAAUCAUCGACACAAUGCUUCUCCCAAUGCACCUACCAAUAAUUUCCUUUUUUUUUUAUUAAACAUGGAUGUUUUUAUACCACAUCAA